GUUCCCAUCGAAAAAGAAAAAAAAGAUUGAUGGACAUACGAGCAAAAAGAGUUAUAAAGACGAGAGAGUGGCGGAUAGGACAACAUCCAGCAAGCUGGCGAUUCGGUUUGAAGCCCCAAAAGACGAAAAGAUCAAAGCGAUAAUACGUCCACGUUGGUGGAGUGGCGGUGUGGCAGGUGCCAUUGCGCAAUGCUUUACGGCACCUUUCGAUCUGAUCGAGGCUCGAAUGGUGGUUAUCAAAAAGGACAGAGGAAUGGCUUCAAAUCUCCAACAGGCAAUUCGAACGCAUGGUUUCAUUUCACUAUACGACGGCUUAAGUGCCCAGUUGGUGAGGCAGCUGACAUACACAUCGCUGCGGUUUCACCUGUACGAAAUGGGAAAGGAGCACCUGGAUGAUCCUGCUGGUUUGUGGCACAAAGUGCUGGUGGCUGCAUUAGCUGGUUGUGUGGCUGGUGUGGUGGGUACACCCAUGGAGUUGAUCAACACCCGGAUGCAGGUCAAUCGCGCGCUGCCCAAGGAAACGCGUUGGAACUAUCGAAACGUCUUUGAUGGACUGUACCGCGUGACCAGGGAAGAGGGCUUUACGAAGCUGUACAGCGGAUGUUUCCUCUCAUUUAUGCGGUCCAGCCUCAUCACCAUCAGCCAAAAUGCGGCUUACGAUCAGGCCAAGCAGAUCUACGCUGAAGUUUUUCACAUGAAGCACGACAACACCUUGUUGCACCUGAUAAGUUCCGUGACGGCUGCUUUCAUCUGCGGUCCAAUCAUCAAGCCCAUUGAGAACUUGCGAUACCUCAGGAUGGUGGAUUCCAGAAGAUUGUUAAAUUCCAUUUCCUAUAUGAUGCGCUUCGGAAGUCGCGGACCUUUCCGCGGUAUGGUGCCCUACGUUUUGCGCAUGGUGCCCAAUACGGUGAUUACUUUUUUAAGUUUCGAGCAGCUUCGUGUUCAUUUUGGGUACAUUGAAAUUGAAGAUGAUUAAUGAUUGCGGGAAGCAAUGUGUGUCAGCCAAAAGUAGUAUUACCUUUUGUAUAUGUAUUUUAACACAAAAGAAAGAAUUAUAUACUUUUCUGGUAACAAGAAGCACACAAGAAAUAGAA